UGUGUGGCUGCAUCAUUGGGAAUUUUUUAGCCGACUGUGGAACUCGCAUUCAGAAUAAUUUAUAAGAAUUUAUUGUUUUAUUAAUAGUGAACUUCAAUUCAAUACUAUCAAAAUGGCAGACAAAGCACAAGAACAGAGUAUUAUGGAUAAAUCCAUGAGAUCUGUCUUUGUUGGCAACAUACCAUACGAAGCCACUGAGGAGAAGCUUAAGGAAAUUUUCAGUGAAGUCGGCCCGGUACUUUCUCUUAAACUUGUAUUUGAUCGCGAGAGCGGCAAGCCCAAAGGGUUUGGCUUCUGCGAGUACAAGGAUCAGGAAACUGCAUUAAGUGCCAUGCGCAAUCUCAAUGGCUACGAAAUUGGUGGGCGCACUUUGCGUGUGGACAAUGCUUGUACAGAGAAGUCACGUAUGGAGAUGCAACAGCUACUGCAAGGACCACAAGUGGAGAAUCCGUAUGGUGAACCCUGUGACCCAGACGAUGCACCUGAGCUAAUUACCAAAACAGUUGCAUCCCUACCGCCAGAACAGAUGUACGAGCUGAUGAAGCAAAUGAAACUGUGUAUUGUGAGCAAUCCAUCGGAGGCACGUCAAAUGCUUAUGCUAAAUCCGCAGUUGGCCUAUGCUUUGCUCCAGGCCAUGGUGGUGAUGCGCAUUGUUGAUCCACAACAGGCAUUGGGUAUGCUCUUUAAAGCUAACCAAAUGCCCCCCGUUCUGGGUGGCAAUCCUCACUCCAAUCCGAGUGCUAUGCCCAUGGGCUCAGCUCCGCAGCAGCAGCCACCGCCGCAACAGCAGCCACCUGCACAGUCGGGUGGUGUUGGAGGCCCUGGACCAAUGCAGCCCAUGCCUGUACCCGGGCCGAACUUCAAUAAUAUGCAUUCGAAUGACAUCGACUUACGUAUGGGGCCCGGUGGGCCGGUUAAUAUGGAUCCGCGCAUGAUGGGGCGCAAUCUGGACCAGGACAUGCGCCAGGUUCCUGGCCCAAUGCCCAAUCCUGUGCCGCCACCACUUAUGGAUCCACGUACUCGCGCCCAAAUGCAGCCGCAGCAACAGCAAGGACCGCCAGCCGCGCCCAUUCCAUACCCAAGCGAUCCACGUCAACGCCCAAUGGAUCCCCGUCUACGUGGUGCCAUGCCACCAGGUCCAGUUCAGCAGCAGGUACAGCCGCCUCCACAGGUGCAACAAACAGUGACGCAGCAGCAACAAUCGGCAGCAUUGCAGCUGCAAAGCCGAUUAGGAGCACAUGGCGUAUUACCAUCCGAUGCUUCAGACCAGGAGAAGGCGGCACUCAUUAUGCAGGUGUUACAAUUAUCUGACGAUCAGAUUGCACAGCUACCACCUGAGCAACGCGCCAGCAUUCUGGUGCUUAAGGAGCAGAUAGCUAAAACCAGAACCGCUCGCUAAAUAACUAAAUUCCGAGUUUUAUUGUACAACAUUUGAAUGGAAAACUUAUAAUAAUGAUUAAUAAAGAGGAUUCA